AUGCAAUACACGCUGUACGAUGCCUCCAUUCGAGUGGCCCAGGACUCGCUCAACACCCUGACGGCCAUCCUCAAGAAGGGCGAAGCCCACCCCAACGCCGCCAAGCUGCCCGAGGCCAGGAUCUAUGACGACAUGCUGCCAUUGACCUUCCAGAUACACAUCGUUACCGACCUGGCGCAAAAGAUGCAGGCCCGCCUGACGGGCAAGGAGCCCCAGAAGAUGGAAAAUGACCUCAAGACGUUCAAGGACAUGUACGCCCGCAUCGACAAGGUCCAGGAGAUGCUGAGCAAGACAGACAAGGAUGCCAUCAACAACUACACGACGGAAAAGGUGCCUUUGGGGAUGGGCCCGGGCAAGGAGGUUCAAGUCUCGGGCCUUGGAUACACAAACGGCUAUGCCCUGCCCAAUCUCUUCUUCCACGUCACGACGGCCUACAACAUCAUGCGCAAGGAGGGCGUGCCCCUGGGCAAGCUGGACUACCUCAAGCCCUACCUCGCCCCGCACGUGCCCGGCUUUGAAUUCCCCGCAUGA